AUGAGGGAAGUCCAUCUUGGGUCACCACUUACUGUGAGGUCCCAUGGUGUGACAUUGGCAAGGACACACGUGCAUGAUUGGCUGAUAUUGGCGCUUCUUGUCAUGAUAGAAGUCGUUCUAAAUGUUAUCAAUCCCUUUUACCGCUUUGUUGGGAAAAAUAUGACGACUGAUCUAAAGUAUUCCUUGAAAGAUAACACCAUUUCUCUAUGGGCUGUCCCAGUGAGCGACUUUUCCCCAUUAUUUGUAAACAAAACCGCAGUUAUUUCCAUAGGAGUAGUGAUCAUCUUCACUAUACUAGCUACAAAUACAAUGGGCUGGAGGGAUCAUAGAAAAGGAAGUUAUUAUCGGAUGCUGAUGAAUUUACAUUCUAAAGCAAUAGAAGUUAUUAUCGCACCUCUCGUCAGACCUCAGGCACAAGUACAACGUCCGGUCAAUCCCGGUCUGAAAAGACGAGGUCCAGGUGGUGCGUGGGACCUGCAAGGGCCGGGAGGGCAAAAUUGUUCAGGUUUACCGCAAAAAAUGGUCAUUCACAUUGAGCGGGUCACCCCUGAUAAGGAAAAUGGGUCGAUGGUGAAUGUUACUAAGGUGGUUGUUACUAAGCUUAAGCUUGAUAUAGGACCGGAAGGCUUUUGCUUGACCGGAAGGCCAAGGGAAGGAAAAGGCUGCUGA